CGCCCCCUCUGUCCCGGAAGUUGAUGCCGAGCGCCCGCUCGCGUGCUGUCACUAGGGCAGUAGCCAGCGUCGGUGAGAGGCGCCGGGCUCGCGGACCGCAGACAUGCCCUUGGCUAGAGAUCUACUCCAUCCCUCUUUGGAGGAGGAAAAGAAGAAACAUAAAAAGAAACGGCUAGUUCAAAGUCCGAAUUCUUAUUUUAUGGACGUAAAAUGCCCAGGUUGCUACAAGAUCACCACGGUUUUCAGCCAUGCCCAAACAGUGGUUCUGUGUGUAGGCUGUUCUACAGUUUUGUGCCAGCCUACAGGAGGAAAGGCCCGACUCACAGAAGGCUGUUCCUUUAGAAGAAAGCAACACUAGUGACCCACACAACUUCCUGGAUUUGUGUUCUCACGGAAAGCCUUAUCAUAAGUUCAGUGAUUCUAGUGAAUCUACUAAGAUAAUGUAAUUUUGGUUGAUUUUAUAAGGUAUACAACUUAUCCCCUAUUUUGAUGUCAGUUUUUCAAUAAAGUUUUGAUUAUGGGCAAAUCCUCUUUUUUUUUUU